UCAACAUUUAGGUUAAUUAUCUUUGCUGCAAGGGAAGCAAAUUUUACUCUUUGAACUCAGGUAUUUAUAAGCAGAUUAUCCGCCGUCUUCACUAUCAAAUUGUAGAAGGUUUCAUCCCUGCCAGGGAAUUAACCUUUGAAUUUCAUAGAAAAGGCUGUUACAAACUCCUUGAGUAUAUGCUUUCAGCAGCAAAAAUUUAUCUGAGAAAUAUCAAAGCAAAUUGAAGGAAAAGUCAGAGUGCAGCAGCUAAAGCUAAAGGAUAAUUAGUACUUCUCUUGGAACUCAGAUUGCUAAUCCAUUUCAUAUAUGCUCCAAUAAUGAAAGACAUAAGAUGAUUGCAAGUUCAAAGGAAGCAGAUUCUUCCCCAAGGCAAGAAGGGAAUUCAAAUGAUGCUAACAACACUGGAAAAGGUACCACUUCUUCAAGCUCAUCAUCAUGGUUAAGGUUAAAGGAUCCUCGAAUUGUUCGUGUUUCUCGUGCAUUUGGGGGAAAAGAUAGGCAUAGCAAAGUCUGCACCAUACGUGGAUUGAGAGAUCGGCGAGUUAGGCUCUCAGUACCUACUGCUAUUCAAUUGUAUGAUCUUCAAGAUAGGCUUGGACUCAAUCAACCAAGUAAGGUUGUGGAUUGGUUGCUUAACGCAGCUAAGCAUGAAAUUGAUAAACUCCCUCCACUCCCUGUAUCUCCAGGGGACUUUGUUCUAAACCAUCAGAUGAUGCUGACUUCGCCAGAAGCUGCUGCAUCUCAAUCUAACAAAGAAGGGACGUUUAAAAGUUCAAGUAAUAUCAUCAAUUGGGAAGAUCCCACCUUGGGGAGGUCAAGUUUAUGGAGUUCUGAUGCUUUUUGGAGGGCUAAAUCCAAAGAAGUUGAAAGGGAAACGACCGAUGAAAAGGAAAGUUGGAUUAGGAGAAGUACUGAAGAGGAGAAACAAGAAAGCAGGAGUACCACUCAUUCUUCUUCCAUACCAGCUUUAUUGAAUAACGCAGUUGUGCCUUACGGUUCUUUUUAUCAUUUAGAACCUUCAAGUUAUUCUUUGACACACUUUGGAAGUCAUGGAUUUGCGUCACAUGCAGAGGAUCAUCAUCAACUCCAUGGCUUUAAUGCCAUGCCCUUGCCUGCAUCUACACUUUCUCUGGUAUGUCCCCCUCCAGCUGGAACAACUCAAUCAUUCUUCCCUAAUUCCCAUUCAUCAACUUCUCUUGAAAUUGAUCCUAGACAAGUCAAUCACCAUGUCCAAAUGCUGAGCUCAACUUCAGAAAACCCCUUACCAAACCCCCUAAACCCACCUGCAUUAUACUCCCUAAGCCAAUCCAAUAUAAGACCCUUCUCCUUGAGUAUGAGUUCCCCUAGACCUCUCCAUUCUCACAGCAACAAUGGAAACCAGCCAGAUAAGAGCAGGAGUUCCCUUCUAAAAUAACAUGUUGAAGGAAAUUGCAUCCACUCAGCCUUGCUUAGUGAGAAGAAAAGGUACUAGAAUUUUAAUUCAAGGUAUUCAUACAGUCUAUAGAUAGUGUGGCAAGAAGUUAUUUUCACUUUUUUUUUUAAUAAGCAGUAUCUAGUUGAGAUUUCAUGUUUGCAUUUCUCAUAAUUUUGUUUUUUUGGGUGUGGAAUUAUAAGUUAAAAUCUGUAUGAAUGUUUCAUGAAAAAAUAAGAGGAAAAUAUAUUAAUUUCAUGAUGUUCCAACACCAAAUGUGUUUCCAAAUUAAGUCCAUAUACUAUAAAUCAUUUUAAUUGAAUCUUCCAAUUUUUUUUUUUCCUUAUGGGAACCUGGUUGAAUGAUCUGAAAUUUGGUUUUAUAUAAUAUGUUCCCAUUUUUUAUUUUCUCAUGAAAUAAUAUAUCCAUAUCAUUUUCCUUCCUUUCCUUCCUUCCUCUGUAUAUAAAAACCCUAGACAGCAUCUACAAAAGUACCUGCGCUGUUACAAACAAAAACAUAGAAACCAAGUUGGAGUACUCUGAUAGCUUUGAAGCUGCAGGAAAGAGAAAGAAAAUUAUUAUUAAGUGGAGGGAAAAAAAACAGACUUUACAUAGUGUUUGGCCAGUGAGAAGAUGAAGGAUCAGAGGGGGAGCGGCAGCUUUGCACAAGAUCCAACAAGAUUAAAGGAAGAAGAGUUGGCGGGUAUUGAUCAAAAAGAGUUAGACGACCCACCAGAAGUUUCCUCCAUGGUAAAGAUAGAGUGUGGUCCUUACAAAGAUGACAAUUUAGGAGAAACAAAAGGUGAUGACUCAAAAUAGGGUUUGGAAACUAACUUGGGAAGUAAUGCGCAUAUCUGUUCUUAAUUAUUUUGUGGGUGUGGUAUAGCAAAGAAGUUGUGGAAAAACAAAACCUCAUCAUAUUAAAAAUAUCAGAAUAUCCAAUAAUAGCUAUAAGAUACC